AUGCUUGGGAAUGUUCUCACAGUCGAUGAAGUUUUCCUUACUGUCAUUGCCGAGGUAGAAGCGAUGCUGAACUCUCGUCCGCUUGUCUAUGGUGGAAGCAGUGAUUCACCAACAGAUCUCAGCGUGAUUACACCAAACCACUUCUUGCAUGGUCGUGCGAGUUCGAACGUGUCGCCCGGCGAGUUUAACCACCGAGAUAUGUCGUUACGUCGAAGAUGGCGUCAUAGCCAGUUCUUAGCGAACCAAUUCUGGCGCCGAUGGUCGAAUGAGUACAUUCCGCAGUUAAUAAAGCGAAGCAAAUGGAAUGUUGCACACAGAAAUCUACGUCGCGGUGAUCUUGUCUUGAUCGUUGAGAAGGACGUACCUCGUUCGCAUUGGAGGCUCGGAAGAGUGAUUGCACCGAUCGCAAGUGAAGACGGACUGAUCAGAUCCGCGGAGAUUGCAACGAAAACUGGAACAUUGACACGUCCUGUAGGACGGUUAGCAUUACUGGAAGCUUUAAUGAUGAGUAACGUUCCCCCCGUUCACGUCACGGGCGGGGGUGUUUUGGACUUUGUCCAGUUUAUUAUAUAGUUCAUGUUAAUUUAUUAUGGUAAUAGACUUUUGUCCAGUAACAUUGAAAAUAGAGAGGUCAGAGGACAGAACGAACACAAAACGUUUUGAGAAACAGAGUUUUUUGCUGUAAAAUGUUGAGUUGUACUAAAUAAAUAUAUGAAAACCUCAUGGUUAAUGAAAAUUACACGCCGUCUAUAACAAUAUGUACAUAUAUUAUACAUCUGUAACUAUGAUGCAGGGUGGGCAUGUAAUCUCCUGACUCUAUGUGCCAUGUGAUAGAAUUCCAAUCAAACUUCAACUUACAUUAAAUCUGUAGCCAAUAAUUAAUGAGGCUGCUUCCAUACAUGAUGGUGGGACAGUGGCUGGUACUCUAAAAUUUGAACUACAGUACCGUACCUAUGUAAAAUUUGAACUACAGUACCUAUGUUGUUAAGAUCGAAAUACGAGACAAAAUCCAAGAGGCUGAAAAUGAGACAAUGACCCGAAAACUAUUUGACAUUCUAUAUGGGAAUGUUUCAGCUAAUCUGAAGCUUUGGAUACACGAGCAAUAUUUUUGCUGCGAUGGUUACGCAAUGGGUGAUGACAGCAUUGCGUUGCCCUCGCACAAGGUGGCUACACCUGCAAUAUUUCACUUGCAAUAUAUGUCUUCAACUUUUCAUAACGCUUUUCAUUGGCUGGUCAAGAAACGUGUCAUUCAUCAACCUUGACCACACCUCCCAAUUUUCGGCAAUCAUUGCCGAAAAUCAAAUGAUUUGAAAUUUCGGCAACGAUUGCGCGCAGCUUUGCGUUACCGCCGCAGAGCAUGAUACACAAGCAAUUUCUUUCUCGCGACGGCAAUGCAACGAUUUUACCACCAUUGCAUUGACAUCGCCAGAAAAGUAUUGCCCGUGUAUCCGUAGCUUUAAGAACAGAGUUCAGUGGUAUGUCACAAAUGAUUUACUUGUUAACAAUGCCACAGCGAUUAAGUUUAAUCCUUUUGGAUUUGACCCAGUAAAACCAUAUACGAGUUGUCCUGCUAAUCAUGCGACUACUGGACAGAGUGACAAUCCAGGCGAUUUUCCACGGAAGUUUUGUAUUUCUUGUCCGUUACACACCUAUAAACAUUUUUAUGCAGCCAUUAUUAUUCUGCAUGUGAACAGUGCCCUUCAAAGAAACGUCGUCUGCUCAAUGAGUCCAUGUGUGUUAACGGCACAAAAGUGUACCCCCAAACAUUCAACUGACGUAAACUGUCGGCUACACUUCUGCGCCCUUGGGAAAUUCUUUAAUAACGACUCUGGUAUUUGCGAUUGGUGUGAUUACGGUUACUUCCAAAAUUUAACAACUGCUUUAAACCCAGUUUGCCAUCGCUGUCCAGCUGGCAACACAACAGCCUUCGUUGGAGCAAGAAACGAAAUCGAUUGCAUGCAUAAAUGUCGUAAAGGACAGUUUACAAAGUCUCCUUCUUGAUUUGAUUGUGGUAUUGGAUAUUUCAUACCUUACGACUUACGAGGGAAACCGAUUUCCCAAAUGCUAAAAGUGUCCACCGAGGAAUACAAUGUGGGAACUGCAAAUAGAAGAACUGGCUGUGUAGAUCAAUGUACUAUAGGGGAAUAUUUCAAUAUUACCCAAGGUAUGUGUGGUAUGUGCUAAUAACACAUACCAAAAUGAAACAAAAUCUACUAAAACACAAAGUUGUAAAAUGUGUCCGAUUAACAGACUAACGUUAUCGACAGGAGCUAUGUCUGUAAAUUCAUGUCUUGGUCCUUGCUCAGCAGGCCAAUAUCUCAAUACUACAUCCCGAAGUUGUAAAUUGUGUCCUGUAAACACUUACAAAGACGAAAAUCAAACCAGUUUUAUGUGUAAAAAAUGUCCAGAACAUAAAAUCACACAAAACAAUGGUUCGACCAACAUUUCUCAAUGUAUUUAUCCUUGUGAUGAAGGAGAAUUUUUCAACCUCACGAGCGAAGCAUGUGAGAUGUCCCCCAACAAUACCCAUCAAAACAACAUUGGAUUCAUACAAGGUUCAUACAAGUUUUGUACUGGAAAAAUGUUUACAUUGAAACCUUGUUCAAAAAAUGCAUUGCCCCUUGAAACCGUGGGGAAUUUCUCAACAAGUCUGCCGAGGCGUGCGAGAUUGUCCAGUCGGAUUUUUUGGAUCCGCAGGAAAAUGUGUCAGUUAUUGUGCGUCAUUACCCUGUCUUAAUGGAGGCGAGUGUAGCAUCCUUGACAAUGAUUUCAACUGUACAUACUUGUCUGGAACAUCUCGGAGGAAAACAAUGCCAGACUAUCCUUGAUCACAAUAAUGCAGACAGGAUGGAAAUUUCAGUCAGAUUCACCAACUUAGUGUGGAAUAACAACCUCAGUAACCCUGAUACCAGAGACUGUAUGGAACUAGCCAAUACAGAUACAGAUAUUUCACAGCACACUCCCUAUAUCAGGGCUUUUCAGUGACUGGUUACAUUAUGAAUAGAUAGAUAGAACCGGACUGACGUGAAGCAGACCGAGGUAGACUUUGAGCUUACAAAUGGCGCUUGAGCAGCUGCCGCUAUUAGUCCAUACCUCAUUAAUGAUCCGUAUGAGGUGAUAUAACAAACGACGCAACAUUCCGUACCAUCAAAGUGGAGAAAUUCACCCAAGGAAGUGUGAUUAGUGAUCUGGCAUUUAAUUACGUUACUGGCACAGAUUUUAAUAACUCAUUAGACACCUUAACGAGAGCUGCUACCGAUGGCAAAAUUGGUGACUUAACAGUGGAUUUAUCUUCGUUUUACAUUUAUCAUUUAUAGACCUGGAGCGAGGGGGAUUCGGCGUAAUAUUACCCGAAGUGAUGAUAUUUCCGAAAAUAUAAUGAUAUUUUUUUCUAUUAUAGCGAAAAUUAAACGCCUCCAAGUUGAGAAUUAAAAACUUGACAGUCAUAUACCUUCGUGAAUACGAUGUUUUAUUUUCGGAUUAAUUAACGCAAGUAUCGUCGCUUUUCUUUCGAAUCACAUAUCGUUUGGAAUAUUAAUGACAACAUUUUUCAAAAUUUGCUUCGAAAUUUUGAAAAAGCCCCAGGUUUUACAUCAUUUACCCAGAUUAUUCAUCAAUACUGUUUAUAUUUUGUCGGCCAUGUUGUCGUCAUGCGUGUUGUCUCGCGUGGUCUACGCGAAUAAUGUUCCACCCCAUGGUCUCCGGGGAUUACGCCAACAUUGUCAAAAGGAACGCAGGCUCGCUAAUUGAUGACGUAAGGCGUGAUAUCGCGAUUAAUUUCAUGCUCACGUGGCACAAACUAAGCUUCUUGAUUGGACAAUUUGAAUUUGAGGUAUAAUAUUGUUAAUUAUACCUGCGGGACACCCCUUGGAAUGGAGAACGGUCGUAUUCCUGACAGUGCAAUUACUUCUGCAAACAAAGAUUUCAAAUGCUCGUUUGAAUCAUAAUGGCCUGGGCGGAGUCCGCAGGUGAAUGAUUUUGAAGAGGCAUAUCUACAAGUAGAUUUUCAGGUUGUCCAGUUAACAGGCAUUGCAACCCAAGGGUCGUCAUACCAAGGUGGUAACUGGUUAGAGUCUUAUCACUUCAAUUAUAGUUUUGACGGCAGUACAUGGCUGGAGUAUAAAGAAGAAACAAACCAACCUAAGAUAAGUUUUUCCAUGUAUUGUUGUGAAGCUGUUGAAUGUUUUGUACUCAUUAGCCUAAGUGCCAGCACUCUCCCCUUGAUGAGUAAAAUCAUCUGCCCUACUUUAUUUUAAACUGUCUAAAGCUCAUUGGGGCGCAAUGUGACUCAAUGGGUUAAAGGCACAGCUCAGCUUUUAAAUGAUGGUUAUUAAGGCGCAUUUUAGCCCUUUUAAUUGAAAAAACUAACUAGGAAAAUCAAUUAAGCAUAACUCAAGAUCAGCAAGCUUAAUGUUUUUAACAAUUUAUAACAUCUUUAUUGUUAAAACCAUUGAGUUUACUAAUCUUGAAUUAUGCAUAAUUGAUUUUCCUAGUUGGUUUUUUCAAUUAAAAGGGCUGAAAUGCAUGAGCCUUAAAAAACAUCAUUCAAAAGGCUGAACUGUGCCUUUAACUAUAGGCAUAUAGGUAGAUAGUCUGAUUAACCCAUUGAGUGCCAGGCUGAGCACUCUUCCUUGAUGAAUAAAAUCAUCUGAGUUAGACAGAGUAAAAUAAUAAAGUACGGCAACAUUGGGGAACAAUGCAUCAUUAAUGGGGUUAACAAAUCAUUUUAUUAUUCUACAUCUUACAAAAGAUCACUUUUAUAUAUUGCAGGUUUUUAGUGCAAACUCAGAUGUGAAUACUGUCGUACAAAAAACCUUGAAUUAUCCAGUGAGAACAAAAUAUGUGAGAAUUAUUCAAAAUGUUACGUCAGAUAAUCUCAGCUAUCGUUGUGAAUUUUAUGGUUGUCCGAUACCACAACUCUUGUUUCACCUCGCUCGUACUGAUGUCCCAAACCCUGCAACACACAUGCCAGCCACCGAUGUCCCUACAACACGUAUGCCAGCCACGGAUGUCUCUACAACCCGUAUGCCAGCCACUGAUGUCUCUACAACACGUAUGCCAGCCACUGAUGUCUCUACAACCCGUAUGCCAGCCACUGAUGUCUCUACAACACGUAUGCCAGCAACUGAUGUCUCUACAACCCGUAUGCCAGCCACUGAUGUCUCUACAACACGUAUGCCAGCCACUGAUGUCUCUACAACACGUAUGCCAGCCACUGAUGUCUCUACAACACGUAUGCCGGCCACUGAUGUCUCUAUACAACACGUAUAGCAGCCACUGAUCUCUCUACAACACGUAUGCCAGCCACUGAUCUCACUACAACAGAUACGUCAGCCACUACAAGAUCCUCAACCAGAUCAACAGGUUUGUAACAAAUUAUUACCAAAACGUCAGAUAGCUCGUCUCAGC